AUGGUGGACUCUACUUCGUGGCCUGACCAAAUCGCAUACUUCCAGGCGAUCCCCUGGUGUGCCAAAGUACUCUCGGAACCAGGCAUCAUCACCAUGCCUCCGAUCACUCGCCAGUUUGACCCCGAAACACGCAACUCUGAGUUUUUGGGUGUGACACUACACAGCCAGGCCACGAUUCCCUUUUUCGUAGGCUGCUUCCACGUACCCGAUGGCAACAAUACUCAGUGUUCCGCCACCGACGAACGGCCGUUUGAGAAGCGCUUCGUGACCAAGAUUCGCUUCUUCCUCGCUCUGAAUCACGGCUUGAGUACCGUCAGUAAAGAUUGGGUUCAUGGGGGCGCAAUUGCAUCGAUUUUUGAUGAGUGUCUAGGUUCCGUCGGCUUCGUGAACAAAAUGCACGGCUUUCUGGACCCUCUCCCGCAGGUCACUCAGACGCUCAAACUUACAUACGUUCGGCCUGUCCUGACGGGAUCAGUUAUAUCUGUCACAUCGAGAUUAGCUAGAUUCGAGGGCUCCAAGAAUUUUGUGGUAGAAGCGGAGAUGGCAGACGAGAAAGGGGUUGUUCUUGCGACGGCAGAGGCGACGUUCGUCCCGUUGGAGAAGCGCCGGAAGCUGACGGAGAAGUUGUGA